GAAUGAUAUUUCCGCACUUCGGAGUGUAUCCGGUAGAAUUUUCUCUUUCUGUAGCCAUAUCGUGACAGAUAGGUUAUACCGAGUGCAACUGUAAACUAUAAAAAAUGGAAAACGAUCAAGGAAUUCUGGUGGACUUGUACAUCCCACGAAAAUGCUCUGCGAGCAACCGUAUCAUCCACGCCAAGGAUCACGCAUCCAUACAGCUAACUCUGGCUGAUGUCGAUCCAGAAACUGGACGCAUGACAGACACUCAUAAGAUGUAUGCAAUCUGUGGAGCAAUUCGUCGCAUGGGUGAGUCAGAUGAUUGUUUAGUGCGAUUGACAAAGAAGGAUGGACUUUUACCGAAGAACUUUUAAUUCAUAUUAUGACCAUUUACUAUAUUUACAAUAAAUAAAAAAAAAUUUUAAAACUGUA